AUUUGAUGACGUUGGCGAUGGGGAUGUACUGUGCCACAGGACGAAUAUAUAAAGCACCAAACACUUCCCUCUGUUGUCCAACGUUUCUUCAAUAGACAUCGCUAAUACAUAUUUACUAUGAAACCUCAAUUUUCUAUCAUCGGCGCUUUAUGCGUCGCUACAUCAACAGCCACUCCCAUAGCCAGCGUCAACACUGGCGAUAUCAAAUGGUCGCCAUGCAACUUUGCCAAUGAAACAGUACCAAUCUACUGCGGAAAGCUAACUGUGCCGCUUGAUUACACCAAAAAGAACUCUACCGAUGUUAUCGAGUUGGAUCUGCAGCGCAUUCCGGCAUCCAAAUGUGCCAAGAAAGGCAGUAUCCUGUUCAAUUUUGGUGGUCCCGGUUCCGUUGGUGCAGCUAGCUUUGUACCCUUUGGAAAGAUUCUACAGGCAAUUACUGGCGGUGAACAUGACUUGAUUACCUUUGCUCCUAGAGGCACCGGGAAAACGCUCCCAUACUCUUGCUUCAAGAAUAGCUUGUACCGCAUUCCUGCCGUCCAAACCGAAGCCGGACGUGCGUCAGACGUAGCUGUACCAGACAUCUGGGCGAAAUCUACUCUGUAUGAUGCCUCUUGCUAUGCGGCUCAAAACAAGACGGGAGAGUUUGUCGGCACGGCAUUUGUUGCUCGAGACAUGAUGCAAAUUGUCGAUGCGCUCAAAGAAGAUGGCUUGCUGAGAUACUGGGGUGUCUCUUAUGGAACCGUACUAGGAGCCACUGCCGUUGCCAUGUUCCCGGACCGCAUGGACAAAGUCAUUCUGGACGGUGUUGUAAACGCCGAAGAGUACUACGAAAACAAGGAAGUUGAGAUUUGGACCGACUCUGAAGACGUCUUCCGUGGUUUUUGCUCUUCGUGCGUUACGAACCGGACUAGCUGUCCCAUCGCUGGUAACAGAACCUCUGAACAGCUGGAAAGCUACUUGAGACGCGCCAUUGAUGACAUGAAGCAGCACCCAAUAGCCAUUCCAAGCCCAGAAGUCCCAGGUGGUGGUGUUCUAAUCACCUACAGUUUGGUGAAGAGCAUAUUACACAGCUCGCUAUAUAACCCGUCACAGUGGCCCGGACUUGCCAUCAUAAUUGAUGCACUUCUACGUGGUGAUAUCCUCGGGCUCGGAGGAGUUCAGCCCGCGUCUGGUGGCGAGGACAUGACAGGGUAUGAAGAGGCUCUCUACGGUAUCAAAUGCAGCGAUAUGCGCUGGCACACGAACAACCUAACGGAAAUCAUGCCGACAAUCAACGCUCGCCACAACAAAAGCGCCUUGUUUGGCGACGUUGCGGAUAGCAUGGUCGCCCGCUGUGCACAGUGGCCAAUGUCAGCCAAGGAGAUCUAUAGAGGCGACUUCAAGGUCACGCCCAAGAAUCCCGUCUUAAUCAUCGGUAAUGAGCACGACCCUGUCACGCCUCUCGUGUCUGCCCGCAACAUGACGGAGCGGUUCCAAGGUAGUGUGCUACUUGAGCAGAAGAGCUAUGGUGUAAGUAUAUCACAUACCCAAUAAGUUUUGACGCCGCUAACCCGUAUAUCUGCAGCAUGUGAGUCUUAGCCAGGCGUCCAUCUGUACAGCUAAGGCCAUCAAGUCGUAUUUCGUGGACGGCAAGAUGCCUGCUGAAGGGACAAAGUGUGACAUUGACGCCGUGAUGUGGUCGGGCGAUGAUGGUUGGAAAGACAUUCUCGAUAAGCUCAACUAGAACAAGCCCAUAGAAACCUCGUAUUUAGACAGGACAUUGUUACCCUUCUUCCAUUUAGCCAGUAAAGCUUCUAGAAUUCAUACCUUGCAAAGCCGCGUUCCAUUGGUCAGACCUGAUUUACCCCCUGUGAAUCACGGACGGCAUGGCACAACUCUUGCCCGACUAUUUUUGGGCAGCGACGACAUGAUUACCAACCAAUCAUUCGAACAUGCCCCCGUCGCAACACUAACGCAAAUUGUCCGGGGCAGAUUUCUU